UGUCUUCAUUCGAGGAAUGCUAUCUUACUGUGCUUAAAAAGAACUCAAACAAAAUGCUAGGUUGUGAUAAGAUUACAGCAGUUUUUAAUCUAGGUGAAUUGCGAUUCCAAUAUCAUUCCCUGUCCAGGUUUCAACAGUGUCGUUCAUCAGAUUACAGAAUGCCAGCAUACAGGUGGCUUAGUCGUUCGGCGGGAUUGCCAGUACCCGAAACAGCUAUCGUCGGUGGACGUGACAUAGACGGAAGUACUAUCUAUGUUGGCAAAGCUUACCAUGAAGGUGACCUACUUCCGGCAAAAGUCAUUCCCGAGAAAAAUGUUGCUUAUGUUUGUCACAACGGCGAAGAACAUCCCAAAUCUGAGUUCGAGGUAUUGUGCCAAAGCGAAUACGCAUGGGAAUUUUGCAGUAACGGAUCCAUUCCUGCCGAUGCCGUAGUUGGUGGAGAAACAUGCGACGGAGAGACACUAUACAUUGGCCGUGUUCUUCACAAAGGUUCUCAAACCGUUGGCAAGGUACAACCCAGCCACGGCUGCCUUUAUAUUCCUUUUGAUGGAGAAGAAUUGUCUUUCAAGGACUACGAAGUCCUUACUGUUCGUUGAAAUAUUUGAACAUUUUUGCCAUUCAUUCCAAUAUAAUAUGAAACAAUUAACGCUAAAGAAUGAGCUAAUAUAUUGUUAUCUUAAAGUUUGAUUUAUAAAUAAAUACAAUCAAUCAAGGAA